CGAUCAGAAAGGCGGAGGAAAAAAUCAGGCAGCGACGACGGGGAAGGAGAGCCACACACGUGUUGAUAGGGGAGAUACUCCAGAGUCCAGACGUAGUUAGCUCUCAUCUUGUCUUCCCUGCUUGCGUAGUCGAUGUAAGCUUUGUUUGGCUAGUCUAAUGUUCUUGAAUGCCGAGCAACGAAACGUUCAGCCACUACCGCCCUAUGUCAUAAAAUAUCAGCGUCCAGCCUAUCAGGAAUAUUCGAUUGGCGUGUCUUGCGAGAAUCAGGCUACUACGAUAGGGCAGCACAUACUGAAAUGGCUGGAGAGUUUGGGGACCAGGAGAUAGAUUUAGAAAGAAACGACGGCGUAAGAUGCGGUGGAGGGACUGUCGGCGAAAGGCGGAGUCAGGGUCUAGAUAGGGAGUUCGACCAAAUAGCUCUCGCGGUUGACCAGAUGUACGAUCAGGGUUGUGACGAGGAAGUAGGCAGGCAAAUGGUCCCGCUAAACCAGGAAGAGCAGAGCCCGUUACAACCCGAGCCUCAGACUCAACAACAGCCGAAUACCGAUGCUGCUCUUGAAGCGGACGUCGCUCCGGGAGCCGAAAACGGAUCCGGAGCCGACCAGCGUGACAGGGAGGGAAAAAACGAGGACGAGGAGCUUGAAGAGAAUAGUGAUAAUAACGAGGGGGAGGAUGACGGGGACGAGACGGGCGAUGAUUUUGAGCUCCACGACGGGCCGAACGAAGGUGGAAGCGGCGGCGGCGGCGGAGGGUGGGGGGUGUUGAUGGAGGGCAGCCUGCGCGUGCUGCUCGUCGAGGACGACGACUCCACGCGUCAUGUCGUCGCCGCGCUCCUCCGAAACUGCUCUUACGAAGUCACACCCGCGUCGAGCGGGCAGCACGCGUGGGAGAUUCUAUCGAGCGGCAGCGGCGGGCGGUUCGACCUGGUGCUGACGGACGUGGUGAUGCCCGGGCUGUCGGGGAUCGCGCUGCUCGGACGUAUCAUGGGCAAGGAGGAGCUGCGCGGCAUCCCCGUUAUAAUGAUGUCGUCGCACGACGGCAUGGAGAUGGUGCUCAAGUGUUUCCAGAAGGGCGCGUCCGACUUCCUCGUGAAGCCGGUGCGCAAGAACGAGCUCAAGAACCUCUGGCAGCACGUCUGGCGCCGAUGCCACUCCUCGAGCGGCAGUGGCAGUGGCAGCGGCAGCGGCACGAACGGCAAGGUGCUGCUCACCAAGCAGCCCGCGCCCAACGGCAGCGGCGGCGACGCUGCUGCUGCUGACGCCGCCCGCGCUGCUAACGCCGACGGCGGUCGCGGCGUCGGCGGCGGCGGUGAGGGUGAAGGGUCGCGGGAGGCGGAGGAGCGAGAGGGGGAGGGGGAGGAUGCGUACAUGGACUCGAAUGGCAAUGCGAAUGUGGACGCCAAUGGCGGCAGCGACAACGGCAGCGGCACUCAGCUGGCCACCCAGGUGGAAGGCCAGCACGUGCAAGCCAAGGCCAAGCACGAGAGGUGGGAGAGGGGACGGGAGGUAGACAGGAGGCGACAGGACGCAGGUGCGGCGAGGGAGGGUCGGCGGCAGCAGCAGCGGGGCAGAGGGGGCAGUGCGGAGCGAGCGGCGGCCGCUGUGCGCGCAGCUGAUGCGGUGAUGGAGAGCAUGCAGGCGUCGGGCGAAGGUUCGACGAAAAAGGAGGAGUGUGAGGGGCGGCAGCAGGAGGGGGAGGAGAUGGAGACGGGGCAAGCGGAAGCGGAGGCGGCGGUGGCGGUGAAAGAGCGGAUGUAUGACGCUGCUGCUGCUGCUUCUGCUGCUGGCGCUGCUGCUGCUGCUGGCGCUGCUCCUGGUGCUGCUGCUGCUCCUGGUGUUCUUGCUGCUGGCGCUGGCGUUGCGGCAGGUGGAACUGCAGCUGCAGGCAACCCUGUAACUCCUGCUGCUGCUGCUGCUGCUGCUGCUGCUGCUGCUGCUGCUUCUGCUGCGGCCUCUGGGGUGGAAGCAACACCGAUGAUAAUGCACGUGGUAUCCUCGGUGGUCGGCUGUUUGCACAACGAGUCACUCUCCCAUGGGGCUGUUCCUGCUCUUAUCGAGAUGGCUUAUAAGGCAGACACGGAGGGGAAGAAGGUGCGGUGGAGCGUCAGCACUGACAAGGAGGGAGCAUUGGAGGGAGCAGCGGUGGGUGCAGAGGAAGAGGAAGAUGCAGAGGAGGAGGAAGGUGCUUCUCCCGCCAAGCACUUGGGAGGCGUGCAAGUGGAGAGCGAAGCUGAAAAGGACGUGAUUGUGAAGGGCGGAGACACACAGGGAGGUCCACAAAUGGACUUGUUGAUGAGGGAAAGCAGUGAGGCGGAGAUGGCGGCGGGGGUGGGACACGGGGCGCGGGCGGGGGAGCGGCAGGCGGAAGGAGAGGCGGGAGCGGAGGAUGGACUAAAAGGGGCGGGGCACAUUGAUGGUGGUGUUGACGUGCGGAAGAGAGGGCGAGAGGAGGGAGACGAUGCGGAGGGGAAGAAAGCAGAGGGACUAGAGGGAGCAGAGAGAGCAGCGGAAGCAGCGGAGGGCGGAGCGGAGGAUGAUGCGAGGAGAGUGAGAAGACGAGUGGCAGCAGCCGAGGGUGGGGAGGAGGAUAGAGGUCACGAGGAGGGGGUGGUGCGGGAUGGUGCUGCCGCGCGGGAUGGUGCAGCCGGGCGGGCGGGAGAGACAGGAGAAACAGGAGAGGCGGAGCAGCAAAUGGAGAGGCCGCGACAGCAGGGCAACUGGACGCAGGAUCAGAGCUACUACCAUCACAGCCACCACCAUCACCACCACCACCAGCAUCUGCCACAGCAGCACCAUCAGCAGCAGCUUCAGCACCACGCGUCCCAGCAUCAAGCGCCGUGGCAGCAUUCGCCCUGGCAGCACUCGGGCCUAUCGGCUUUCAGCCGCUACUCCACUGCACCCGGUGCAACCGUCGCUAUUCCACCCCCUGCUGCGGCUGCGCCGGGUGCGCCUGCUGCUGCUCCUGCAGCGGCUGUUCCUCUUGCUGGCGCUGCUCCAUUCCCCAACCGUCUGCUUACGCCUCCUGUUACAGGCACACCUGACACUGGCGCGUCUGGUACUGUCACUCCUGGUUCCUCUGCUGCUGUUACUGCUGGGGGGCACCAGCAACCGCACCAUCAUCAGCAUCAUCAUCAGCAGCAGGAGUGCCGGCAGCAGCUGUUCUCACACACUCCUCUUGACCAGGUGUCCAGCCAACAGCACAAGUUAGCGGUUGGUUCGGGCGGUCUGGGCGGAGGUUCGGGAGGUACGGCUGGAGGCUCGGGAGGGAAGAUGGAUGGCAGCAGUGGGCUGACCAGUGUGCGGGAUGGCGGUGGUAAAAGCGGAAACGGAGGGAGUGGGGAGAAGGGGAGUGCGAAUGGGGAGGGGAGGAGAGGAGGGAACGAAGGGGAUAGCGGACUGGCAGUGGCACAGAAACUACCAGGAGAAAUGAAUAUUGCUGUUGCAGGAGCACCAACUGCCAAUGCAGCUGCAGCAGCGCCAGAAGCAGCAGCACCACCAGCAGCAGACGCAGCAGCAGCAAUGCUUGGGCUUGGAGUGAUCAGACCAGCAGCACCAGCAGCCGUAGCAGCAGGGCAACAUGCGGACACCGCCCCCCUCCACUACAACCCUGCCAUCCCCUCCCCCUUCGCCCGCCCUUUCACUGACGCCUUUCCCGCCCCUCCUGCGGCUGCCUCCGCCAUGUUUCACGGCUUCAACCCGUUCACCCUGCUGCCCGGACACACCGCUUUUGCAGGCCCGGGCAGCUCCACGCCGAUCCGAGGAGUUUCACCUGCCCAGGGGGAGGAUCUGGACGGGUGCGGGGCAGCAGGGAGCAGCCGGGAGGGGCAAGGGGGAAGGGGUGGGGGGACAGGAGUAGCAGAUGGUGCUGGGGGUGCGCCUGCUGCUCGUGACCCCGCUCUACCUGGUUCCACCGCUCCUAUUACACCUCUUGGCCUUCCCUCCGUUUCUGGGUUUCCAUUUGACCCGUCCACUAGCGCGUACCUCCCCCCUGUGUACUAUGCUGCGGCGGCUGCUGCUACGGCAGCAGCAGGGGUGCCCCCUCCGUGGCUGUACUCCCCGCAGGUGCCGCAGCUGGCGCAGCAAGCCAUGCAGCAAGCAAUGCAGCAGGCGAUGCUGCAGCAGAUGCAAGCACAGCAGCAGUUGCAACUGCAGCAGCUUGGGCAGUUUCAGUUACCUCAAGCACCAGCGCCAGCGCCAGCACCAGCAGCAGGACCAGCAACCGCAGCAGCAGCCGCAGCAGCACAGCAGCUCAGCCUGCUUUCAAGUCUUGCUCCCAGCGUGUCACCCUCACCGUUCCUUCCCAACCGUCCUGCCCUCACCCGCCUGCAGCCACACGCCCCCCACGCCUCCGUCCAUCCCUCGCCUCUCUCGCGCCCUCCCUCCCUCCCCUUCCUCUCAACCCCCACAGCCCAGCUGAGCCCUGCGCCAAACCCUCACGAACCUCAAGGUCUACCCCACCAGGAGAAGUACACAGGUGCGGUUACCGAAGCCACUGGGGCAACUGCUUCUGCCGCCGCCGCUGCUGCUGCCGCCGCCGCUGCUGGUGCGGCUGCUGGCAGCACAGCGUGUGCUAGUCGUCUGCCUCCUGCUGCUGUGCUCAAGCAGCCCCUUCCUCCCUGGGCGGUUGGCGGCAGCAGCGGGCAGAGGCACGGGCAGGAGCAGCAAGGGAGGGAGCAAGGGAAGGAGAAGGAUCGCAGUGAGCUGGUGGUAAAGGUUGAAGGCGAUGCUCAUGACGAUGGGCAUGUAGAUGGGGGCAUGGUUGAUGCUGCAUGUGAAGGUAAACAGCCGCAGCCGCACCAUCAUCACCAUCACCAUCAGCACCAGCAUCACCACCAGCAUCAUAACCAGCAGCAGAAGCAGGGGCACCUGGUGCAUCAGAGCAGCUUCAGCGCUGUGUCUCCUGCCACCAUGGGCUCUGCUGCUGCUGCCGGGCAAAUUCCCGCACCUGCAGGUGCAGCAGCUGACAGGUCAGCAGCAGCAGCAGCAGCUGCCAGGUCAGCAGCAGCAGCAGCAGCUGACAGGUCAACAGCAGCAGCAGCUGCCAGCAAUCACAGGAGCACCAAUGCUGACAGAGAGGAGGAUAACAGGGAGGAUGGCGAUGGGAAUGGAAGUGGGAGCGGAGAGGGUGGGAGUGGGAGUGGGAUUGGGGUGCAAAGUGGUCAGGGCAGUGGUGGUGGGGGCAGCGAUGCGGGGGUCAGUGGGAGCGCUGGCAAUGCUAGUGCUGGUGCUGCUGUUGGUGGUGCUGCUGCCCGUGGUAAUGCUGGCAGCGCACUGGGUGGGGAGAGCACCACCGGGUACAGCAACAGCACGGGCCCUGGGAGCGUUCACACGCCGAUGGAAGCCAGCAGGGGGGGUGGGGUCAAGAUGGUGAGCCUCAUGGGGCACGCUGUGGCCUUCUCCCCUUGUGCUGCCGACGCAUCCGGCACUGCUGCCACCACAGGGGAGGUGGUGGACAGGGAGGAGGAAAGCGAGGACAAGGAGAUGGUGGUGCGGGAAGGGGCAGGGGGUGGAGCAGCAGGAGUGGGCACGGCAGCCCAGCAGUUCCACAACUCGGAUUUCCCUGGCUCUGGUACGGGGAUUGCCCAUCCUCAGGAACCGGCUGCUGCUGAAGCUGCUGCCUGUGCCUGUGGUGUGCCUGCCUGUGGGAGUGCUCAACCCACAGGCCAGUGCCUGGCUGUAGCAGCAGCAGCAGGAGGGGGGUGUGCGGUUGGGGUUGCAGUACCAACCGUGUUGAGCCGGCAAGCCGUGCGAGAGGCAGCGCUGAAUAAAUUCAGGCAGAAGCGCAAAGACAGGUGCUUCGAGAAAAAGGUCCGUUACCAGAGUCGGAAGCGCUUGGCAGAGCAAAGGCCUCGGUUCAGGGGCCAAUUUAUAAAGCAAGCCCCUACCAGUGUUGAUGCGAGUGCAACUGGUGAUUUGGCUGUUGUAGGCUCUAACCCUCCUGUCAACAGGGGAUGGAACACCAAAUACUAACAUGACUCGUGUGCGUUUUAUAUAUAUGUAUACAUAAAAUAGGUUUGCUUGCGUCAGUGCUGUGGUGGAUUGGAGGCAAUGUCAUGGGUGUCGCAAUAUCUGCCAAGGAGCAGGCGAAAAGUGUAAUUGGGCAUGCUAA